UUUCUUCUCUCUCUCUCUCUCCAACAAACAUUUUCCUUCUUUUUAUUUUUUUCUUUAAUCGAAUCGCUAUUUCGAUCACUGCCACCGAACCUUUCCCCCUCCCUCGCGUAUCUCACCGCCGCCGGCUAACCCCUCUCUCUCUCUCUGAAACGCGCCGGCGGCGACCGCAGCGUGUGAAUUACAAUAAGAGCGGUUGAAGAUUGUGUAGUAUCAAAGAUGGGGGAAAUUUGGUGGUCACUUGUGGGGGCUGCAAUCCCUUUUGUUGUUGCUGGACAAGCUCUAAGAGUGAAGAAAAGGAAUGCAGAGGAGCAGAAGUUGAAGAGUGCAAGGGGAAGAGAAAGGAGUUCUGAUGAAAUUUUUGUAUGUGAAAGGGUCUGCACAUCAAAGAGGAUGUUGAAAAAGGUUGGCAGUUUCUCAAAAGAUCCCAUUCCUGAUACUUGUGUUACUGUUUGUGGUGUGUCUGAUCUUGAUGCUUGUGCUGAUGCGUGUGCCCGCACGGUUUGUGUCAAUCAACAUCAAGUGCCUAAUUGGAACGACAUAUGCCUUAGGAGGUGCCAGAGUGAAUGUCUCAAACUCUCUUCUCAAUCUUCUUAGUAAUUAGUUGCAUUUAGCCAAUGAAUAUUAUGUAUGUAUACUGAGUUUUGUUAUGAUGGUCAAUGUUUAGGCUCAUUAUUCCAAUUCCAGAAUCUAGAUUUAUUAUAAUUUCUAUUGAAAUGCAAAUGGGUUUUACUCGGCUA